AUGGAGACCUCUGCCAUCUCUGUCCUGAAGCGAGCAGUGGUGCUGGACCAGAGCUCGCGCUUCCAGGAGUCGCUAGUGUGCUACCAGGAGGGGAUCCCGCUGCUGAUGGACGUGCUGAAAGGCAACACACACAGCCAGUUGGGUAUGGGUGACAUCUGUUUUACUGAUCUACUCGUCUGUCCCACAGCUGUGAAAUAUGACUCAAAUAAUGUCCACUAUAAACAGAAGAUAAAGGGCUACAUGGACCGAGCAGAAGAGAGCAAAGUCCAUGUCAACCACAGGAGGUCAGUGGCACCUUAAUUGGGGAGGACGGGCUCGUGGUAAUGGCUGGCUUCCAUGUGUUUGAUGCCAUUCCAUUUGCUCUGUCCCAGCCAUUAUAAUGAGCCGUCCUCUCCUCAGCAGCCUCCACUGAUAUCAACCAACUAAAAGAAGAUAAUAGAGCUCAGUCAGCGAGAUGAUGUCACUUCCUUAAAGGAAUCCUUUCCUGCAUCUUACUGCUUCCUUCCUCUUCUUCCUCCUCCCCUUCCUCCCCUCUCCUCUCCUCUCCCACUCAGAGGGGAAGUACCAUGAGCAGAUCAGGAUAGCGGAGGACGCUACAGGCUAUGGCUAUGAGGCUCUGUUCAUACCCUACAGCACCGAGGGGCUCACUGAGGUCUGGGUGGAGGACCCUUACGUACGACAUAUUCACCAG